AUGAAGAUCCCAGUUCUUGCUGCUGUGGUUCUUCUCUCUCUCCUGGCGUUCCACUCUGCUCAGGGGGCUGCCCUGGGCAGUUCUGAGGAAGGGAUCACCAUGGGUAAUGAUGCGACAGGACUCAAGGAGACCACUUAUGCCCAGUUUCCAAACAUUGACAAAUUGCGAUCUGUUCCUGAGGCUGAUGAUUUCCUGAACUGGCACGCCAUCCUCCAGUCUGUCAAAAGGAAACUUCCUUUCUUCAACUGGGAUGCUUUUCCUAAGCUGAGAGGAAUGACGGGCGCAGCUGCCGAUGCCCAAUGA